UGUCUAGAUCUUUCUCCCUGCAGAAGCUCCCCUGUUGUCCAAAAGCACCAUGUCUGCGGCAGCUGGCACAAACGUCGAGGAGGUGGCCAUGGCUCGCGCCCCGAAAGGCCUGGCGGAGUAUGCCAAGAACGAAAAGGAAUUCAGCAUCUCCCAUUCCGACUCGAACCGUCCAGACGAUGAUUCUGGGGAAGACCCCACCGAAGAGGAAUUGGCGACGCUCACUCGUGUCUCUGGCAAGAUCCCGUGGUUGGCUUAUACGAUCGCUUUUACGGAGAUGUGCGAGCGAUUUGGCUACUAUGGGUGCCAAGUGCUUUAUACCAAUUACAUUCAGCGUCCAUUGCCUCCUGGAUCGACUACUGGUAAAAGUGGCACGAACGGACAGUCGGGAGCCUUGAAUAUGGGCCAAAGGGCAUCAUUCGGGCUAGGCACCUUCAAUUCGUUCUGGGCUUACACUACUCCACUAAUUGGCGCCUACGUUGCGGACGAGUAUCUUGGCCGCUUUAACACUAUUUUCCUGGCUAUUUUUGUUGCUAUCCUUGGCCAUAUCGUCAUCGUCGUUUCUGCCAUCCCUUCCGUCAUCGCCAGCGGUCAUGCCCUUGGCGCUUUCAUUCCAGGACUGAUCCUGCUCGGUCUCGGCACAGGAGCCUUCAAGGCAAACGUGUCUCCCUUGAUUGCGGAGCAAUAUAAGCAGACCAAGCCGAAGAUCGUGAUAGACCGUAAAACUGGUGAACGCCAAAUCUCGGACCCUAACAUUACUAUAGCCCGGAUCUUUCUCUAUUUCUACAUGAUGGUAAACGUCGGUUCCCUGACAGGUCAGAUAUCCAUGGUCUACGUCGAGAAAUAUGUUGGAUUUUGGUUAGCCUUCCUCCUACCAACUAUUAUGUUUUGCUUCUGCCCCAUUGUGUUGUACUUCUGCCGGAACAAUUACACUAGGAGCCCUCCGACCGGUUCAGUGUUGAAGAAUUUCUGGCUAUUGUGGGGACUGGCGCAGAAAGGAAAAUGGUCCAUUAAUCCGGUCACACUCAAGAGAAACUUCACCGACCCCAACUUCUGGAAUGACGUAAAGCCUACCCAUCUUGGCUCGAGCAAACCAACUUGGAUGACCUUUGACGAUGCUUGGGUUGAUCAAGUUGCCCGUGGCUUGAAAGCAUGUCGAGUUUUCACAUGGAUUCCUCUCUAUUGGCUUACCUACAAUCAAAUGAACAACAACCUCACGUCUCAAGCGGCAACUAUGGAGCUCCAUGGCGUGCCUAACGAUAUCAUCACCAACUUGAAUCCAAUCUCUUUGGUCAUCUUUAUUCCCCUCGUGGACAACUUCCUCUACCCCUUCCUUCGCAAGAAGGGCAUCAAGUUCACCCCCGUUAAGCGUAUCGCAUUUGGCUUCGGCCUGGCCUCGCUAGCCAUGAUCUCCGCAACCGUCAUCCAGUACUACAUUUACAAGCUCGGCCCAUGCGGCAAGUAUAUGAACACAUGCGAGGAGGGUGCCGCGCCCAUCAACGUCUGGGUGCAGACGGUCCCAUACGUGCUCAUCGGCUUCUCGGAGAUUUUCGCAUCCAUCACCGGCCUGGAGUACGCGUUUACCAAGGCGCCUACAAAUAUGCGUUCGCUGGUUACUAGCUACUGGCACUUCAUGUCAGCGUUCAGCAACGCCAUUGGCCAGGCGUUUGUCUCGCUGAGCGACGAUCCUUUACUCGUCUGGAAUUAUGCUACCGUCGCUAUUCUGGCAGCUGUCGGUGGUGUGUUGUUCUGGCUUCAGAACCAGAGGCUUGAUAAGCGCGAAGACAAACUUAAUAUGCUGCCAGAUAGUACGUAUCUUGGUAGGAAGCAGCGAAGGGCGAGCGUCUCAUCAGCCACCUGAAGGUGACAUCUGUAACGAUACAAAUCAACGGGUGAGACUGAGUGGACGUACAGCUGAGCUUGAGGUUGAUUUCAUGCAUCAGACAUAAGCGCUUCGCAAAGAGAUUCUAUAGAAGAGAAAUUUGAUCCCACAUCAUCUCAGAAUUAUAUUGCAUCUACUUCAAUAACUUACCUGAAGUUGUAUCAAGAUUGAUCUUGGCUCAUUUCAAAUAUGCAUAUUAUUUACAGUAAUGUCUUUCUCUAAAAAGCAUACACUAAAAUCUUCCAGCCGCA